AGAGAGAGAGAGGGAGGGAGGUAUGUGUGAGUAGAGUAGAGUAAGGAGGGUAAAGUCGUAGCUCCAGUCUUCUGAAGUAGCUCUGAUUCUUCUGGGAGAGAGUGUGACUCUGAACUGCAGGACUACAGGACUCUACAGGACUUAGGACUCUUCCUCCACUCCAGCAGGAGAGAUGAGUGGUACCCCUCAUCAUGACUCCCUGACCCCACGUGUGUGUGAGUGGUCUUUACCUGAUGCUGGUGAGGCUGAGAGCUCGCAGGUGCCCCCGUGGGGUGAGGAGGCUUAUGAGGAAAUGUGGGAGCGAGUGGAGGGGGUUAGACACAAGCUGACCCGCAUCCUGAACCCGGCUAAGCUGACCCCGUACCUGCGGCAGUGUAAGGUCAUCGACGAGCAGGACGAGGACGAGGUGCUGAAUUCCAGUCAGCUUCCACUGCGGAUCAGCAAGGCUGGUCGUUUACUGGACAUCCUCAGGGGACGUGGUGAACGAGGGUUGCAGGCUUUCAUGGAGUCGCUGGAGUUUUACCAUCCAGAACAGUACACACAGCUCACAGGCCAACAAGCCACACAGCGCUGCUCCAUGAUGCUCGAUGAGGAGGGUCCGGAGGGUCUGACUCAGUUCCUGCUGUUGGAGGUGAAGAAGCUGAGGGAGCAGGUGAGGUGCGCCCGGCUGUGUGAGCGCAGGUUGUCUCAGCGCUGCAGAGUGGCAGAGGAGGAGCGCAGCCGAGCAGAGAGGAAAACACAGGACCUCAGACAGGAGAGAGGACAGAUGGAGAGGCUGAGGCAGGACUGGGAGGCAGGGGCGAGAGAGCUGGGCAGACUGAAGGAGAGGCAUUUGGAGCAGGCCGUGAAAUACACCAGAGCCCUGGAGGAGCAGCGGAAGGCCUCCGCCCGUGAGAGGGAGUUACUCACACAGGUGGAGCAGCUGAAGAACAGACUGAUGGAGGCAGAGAAAAGUGCUGGAAACCCCACCUCCACCCUUUCCAUCAAGAGGACCAGCACAGUGUGCGUAAACACAGAGAGCCCCCCUGCUGGACAAAACACAAAACUGCCCACUGAGGCGCUGAAAGACCACUUUACUGGAACUCAGGCUCUGCUGGAUAUCCUGCAGCAGGACCGCAGAGAGGCAGCAGAGCAGAGGCAGGAGCUGUGCAGUACCGUCCUCAGACUGCAGGCGGAGCUGGAGAGCGCAGAGGCAGCCAGAGAAAAGCUGGAGGCUCACUGUGAGCAGCUGCAGCUGAGGAUGCAGACCCUGCAGCUGGACUGGGAGGCGGAGCAGAAGAGGAGUGUGUCCUACUUCAAUCAGAUCAUGGAACUAGAGAGGGAGAGGGACCAGGCUCUGCGCAGUCGGGACAGUCUGCAGCUGGAGUUUACAGACUGUCUGCUGGAUAAGAACCGUCUGCGUAAGAGAAUAGCAGAGCUGCAGAGCAGUCUGGAGCAGCAGCAGAGAGAACUGGGGAAAGAGAAGGAGAAAAACGAGAGAAUCCGAGAUCAGAGCAGCGCCCCCUGCAGGCAUGGGUCUGAGUUCUCUCUGCUCAGUGAGGAUCAGUGUUUUGGACCCUGCUGUUCUCUCAGCCUAAACCACCACAACGGCACACACCAGAUACUCUGCAUGUCGCCCUCUACUGGCCAGUACAGUGAACAGUCAGAAGACUCAUUCUCCAACUCUGAGGAUAAUAUCUUCAGUCCGCAGUGUGACACUGCAAAGGACAUAAACAGGCUGUCCAUUUUCCCGUUUCCCCCCUGCACAAACUCCAUGAUCCGCAGAGUCAACACUGAGUUUGAUAUGGACUCUUGGGGCAGUGAUGAGACUGACACUGUUACAGAUGAUUCUGAGUCGUCUCUGUGGGUGUCCUGCGCUUCUCUAUCAUCUCAGAUUUUCCCUCCUGAUCUGGAAAAUCAUUCAGAAGCCAGCAAACCUUUACUACUUUCAGAGCCCCUGCCUGUCGUCCCCUCACCCCCCUCUCCACCCAAGAACGUGGGCCUGGCUAAUGACAUCACUAUUGUGGGGGGCAACCGGCUUGGAAUAUUUGUGCAGACGGUGAGGGCGGGUUCACCGGCAGAUAAAGCUGGUCUCAGAGAGGGCAGUGAGCUUCUGCAGCUGGAGCAGGAGCUGUUUGAUGGUGGACGGGUUGAUCUGAGUCAGUGUACAGGGGAAGUGGCUCAUUUCUCUCUGCAGUGGUGGACUGAACCAUCUUCUCUGAAAUACAAGCUUAAUGAGGAGGGUUACUCUCGUUUGAACAGUGAGCUCUCCUCUCCCUCCUUCACGGGUGCUGACUCUUUUUACGUGCGUGUGAACCUGGACCUCUGUCCACACGGUGACCCACCCUGCCUGCGCCUGAGCUGUAAUGACAUCCUGCACGUGACGGACACUCGAUACAACGGGAGGUACCAGUGGCGCUGCACACGGGUCGACACACACUCCGCCAGAGCGCUGCAGGCUGGAGCUGUGCCAAACUAUAACAGGGCACAGCAGCUGAUGUUGGUGAGGCUGCAGACGAUGACACUGGAGCAUAAAGACAGCAAGAAAAAGUUUCAUAGGAAGACUCCUGAGCGUAUGCGGUUGGUGAAACCAGCGUCUACGAGCUGCCGCAAGAAUGGCUCCUUCUCCCCGCUACUCUACACACUUAGUAACCGACAUGAGGAUCAGUUGAUCCCCUACAGUUUGGUGCAGCCUGUGGAGGUUGAUUGUAAACGACCUGUGGUGUUUUCUCCCUCUCUGCUCUCCCGCCGACUCAUAGAGCGAUUACUGCAGCCUGCAGAGUCCGGACUGCACUUUAACACCUGCCAGCCAGAGCCGAUCUCAGUGUGUGAGCAGCAGGAUAAGAGUGUGUUCCUGCUCGAUUAUUCAACAUCAGACCAAACCCUGGGAAUCAGACUGCAGAACAUUCAGGAGGUUAUAAACCAGGACAAGCACUGUCUGUUGGAGUUGGGACUGAGCAGUGUUGAGGGUCUCCUGAGGCAGGGUCUGUAUCCCAUCGUCAUCCAUAUCAAACCCAAAGACAAGAAGGGCAGGAAGUUCCGUAAAUUGUUGUUGUGUGGGGGUGAGGAUGAGCUGAUGUUGGAGCUGCAGGCUGAGGAGCUGCAGUUGGAGACUCUGCCGUUGCUGUGCUGCACAGUGGAGCCCAACAUGUGGAGCUGCACCGAGGAGCUCCUGACCGCCGUGCGCAACACCAUCCACAGCCAGCAGGGGGCGGUGGCCUGGGUGGAAAUGGACAGGCUGCAGUAGAGCAGCAGAUGCGCCAGGGGGCAGAGUCUCCACUUCUUAUUCUUUUCAAUUUGCACAAAAGCACAGACUUAUUAUUUAUAUACGUAUUUUAAUUAUAUUAUAUAUUUGUAUACUUAUAUUAAUGUAAUAUAUAAGUAUAUAUGUAAUAUAUAAUUAUAAAUGAAAUAAUUUUAUAUUUUAAUGAAUAAAGAAGUUUUAUUGUUCAUUUAAAAUUAUUUCACUCACACAUGCACAUACAGCUCUGGAAAAAAAAUAAGAGAUCACUUUAGUUUCUGAAUCAGUUUAUGUUUGAGUAAAACGAACAUUCUUGUUUUAUUCUAUAAACUACAGACAAAAUUUCUCCCAAAUUCCAAAUAAAUAUAUUGUCAUUUAGAGCAUUUAUUUGCAAAAAAGGAGAAAUGUCUGAAAUAAAAUAAAGAUGCAGAGCUUUCAGAUCUCAAAUAAUGAAAAAAAAGUUAAUCUUCAUACCUUUUUCAAAAAUAAGUAUUUGGUACAAUAACCCUGUUUUUCAUGCAUAUUGGCAUGUUCUCCUCCACCAGUCUUACACGCUGCUUUUGGAUAACUCUAUGCCACAAAACCAAGGUCAUUCAACCAAAUCUUGAUUUCUGAACUCCUAAAACUUUAUGAAUAUUAACUUGUUUUCUUUGCAUUGUUUUGAGGUCUAAAAGCUCUGCAUCUUUGUUAUUUUAGCUGUAAAGAAA